UUUUAAAAUCAUAAAACGGGUUUUGAAUUGCCUGCAAGUGUUUGAAUUUCCAACAUCCUUGAAGCCGGCGCCGACAGCCUUUUACCUCAGCUUUAGCAUUAGCUCUGUCAACGAACAUUAGAGUUGCGUCGUCUGCUAGAAAAAAUAUUCCACAAUGUCUGCUCCAGCUCCAGAAAACCCUGCUGCAGCGUCCAGCAACAGACGCCUCCAGCAGACACAGGCCCAGGUUGACGAGGUGGUGGAUAUAAUGCGUGUGAAUGUGGAUAAGGUUUUGGAGCGAGAUCAAAAGCUGUCGGAGCUGGACGACCGAGCGGACGCACUUCAGGCCGGAGCGUCACAGUUUGAGACCAGCGCCGCCAAACUCAAGAGGAAGUACUGGUGGAAGAACUGCAAGAUGUGGGCCAUCCUGAUAGUUGUAAUUCUGAUCAUCGUCAUCAUCAUUAUCAUCUAUAAUUACACAUAAACUCCACCAGGAUGCUAACGACAAGUUGGGAGUCAAAAUUCAUCAUUGGACACAUGAUCACUGCCCAGCCCCCAUUUCCUCUAUGGGGUCUUCAUUUCCUUUAAUUUGAGAUUGCUUUGUGUACAACCAUUUUCAUAUUGACUAAACAUUUAAUCCUAAAUGUAUAACCAAAGAACAUUUUGAAUUUCUAGGUAAUCAUUUUAUUUUAAAACUAUAUCUAAAUAAACAGUUUACGCUAAGCAAUAUUUUCAUGUACACAAUGCAGUUUCAAUACUAGGAAUGCCUAAUUGUAAAUUCUCAUAAUAUUUUUCUUUGCAUAUUAAAUAUUUGCCUUAAAUAUGUUCAGUAGUUAAAGAGAAGUGCCUUGGGUGAAAUGCUGUUUUCAAACAAAAAUUGUGCAUAAAAAAUAAUUUUCUUAAGUGCCAAUUUUAACAAAAACUGGCACAAAUUCAGGUUUAUUUCAUUGCAAUUUUUAAAGUUUGUUGCUAUGGAGAGGUUAUUGCUUUGCCUGGAAUGUUCCACAAUAUCCUUCUUUCAUUUUUAUUUUUAUUACAAAGAAUAGCAUGACUUCUUACUGUGACUUGGCCUAAUGGUGUCUUUAUGGAUAUAGUUUAAUGCUAUGCUGUGGAACAUUCUACGGAAAGCAGUAACCUCUCCAUGUCGACAAGCAGGUGAUGGACCUUCCACCUUAAAAGUUACAUAGUGCCACUUUAAAAAUUAUUGUAGACAAAAUGUGCCUUUUAUGUGUUUGGAUUUGUUAACAAUGAUAUGAGUUUUAUUAUCAGAACUGUAAAGCUGUCUUUGCAUUUGAAUUGGAAGUGCCUACAAAAUUCCUGUGAAGUGCCAUAAAUUACAAAUAGUAAAAAUCUUAACAUAUUUCACCAUUGUUUAUAUCAUUAAUAGCUUUGCCUUAAUCACAAUUGGGCAUACAGAAAACCUUUGUAUACCAGUCUUGCAUUGUUCUUCACUCCACCUCCUGCCCAAGGAACAUGCCAAUGACCCUUCCUUCAGCCCCAAAACUAAACUGUACUAUUUUUUUUCCCCCACUUUAAGCUUUUAUCCAUUAUCUAUUAUCUAUCCUUACCCAAAGCUGAAAACACCAAGCACAUUCUUAUUUCAGUUUCCAAAGUGCCUCUUAACUCAUUGUUUUAGCCUCAUCUGAACUGCCUCACUCCUUGAUGCACCAGCAGAAGCUAAUUUCUUGCUCUCUGCUAGAACCAUUUUGUUUUACAUGCUCAGAAAUCAGGGCUGAAUUACUUUUACUUGUUUUUGCAUACACACAUUCAUUUGAAAUGUAAAACAUGAAAUUCCAAUCCAAAUGCCAGAGUAAAAUCUAUACUAUAAAACAAUUUAGAGACUGCUUAUAUGGAUUAACAGCAGAAUUGUGCUCAGUGCUUCUUGUAUUUUUAUUUCUAAGUUUAGAAUGAUUAAACUAAUGAGUACUGAUAGUAGUUCUAGUAGUAAUAUAUUGUGUAGUUUUGCAUGUUUGCUGCUUUGCUUUCCGGAUGUACAGAACGUAUGUGAGUAAUGACAGUGCCUCAAACACUGGAUGAUUUCUGUUUCUUCCAAAAAUAAUGAAGUAUGUUUUUGGUUUUUAACUUUGUAUAAUUUUAACCAUUGCUUAAUAUUGUUUGUCAGUGUUUUUGCCAUACACACGAGUUGAAUUUUACUUUAUAAUAUCUUAGAAUUAAAAGUUAUUGUAAGUCUAUGGUCUUCUCACUGGUAAAAUUGCAUUUGGCUAAAAUGCAAUUUAAUUCUUACAGUCUUUUGGUUCAAUAAAUAAAUCUUUUCACUCA